CUCUUGUUUUUGGUCCAGGUUCAUGGUCAAGGAGGAGUCAAGUUCCAGAACUGGGCCAAGACCUAUGGCUCCUCUCCAGAGCUGUACUUCCAGCCCACCUCCGUGGAAGAGAUCCGGGAGAUCCUGGAUAUGGCCAGGCAGCGGAACAAGAGGGUGAAGGUGGUGGGGGGAGGUCACUCUCCUUCAGACAUCGCCUGCACCGAUGACUUCAUGAUCCAGAUGGGCAAGAUGAACAGGAUCCUCAAGGUGGACAAGGAGAAGCAGCAAGUGACGGUGGAAGGUGGAAUUUUCCUCUCGGAUCUGAAUGUCAAGCUGAGCAAGCACGGGCUGGCCCUGGCCAAUUUAGGAGCUGUUUCUGAGGUGGCAGCAGCUGGUGUGAUCGGGACAGGGACGCACAACACCGGGAUCAAGCAUGGCAUCCUCUCUACCCAGGUCGUCGCACUCACGCUGCUGACGGCCGCAGGGGAGAUCCUGGAGUGCUCCGAGUCCAUCAAUGCUGACAUCUUCCAGGCUGCUCGCCUGCACCUGGGCUGCCUGGGUGUCGUGCUGACCGUCACCUUCCAGUGCGUGCCCCAGUUCCACCUGCACGAGGUCACCUUCCCCUCCACCCUCACAGAGGUCCUCGAUCACCUUGAUGACCACCUGAAGAGAUCCCAGUACUUCAGAUUCCUCUGGUUCCCACACAGCGAGAAUGUCAGCAUCAUCUACCAGGACCCCACCAACAAGCCCCCCUCUUCCUCUGCCAGCUGGUUGUGGGAUUAUGCCGUUGGCUAUUAUUUGCUGGAGUUUCUGCUCUGGAUCAGCACCUUCGUGCCUGGCUUGGUGCGCUGGAUCAACCGCUUCUUCUUCUGGCUCCUCUUCAGCUCCCGGGUGGAGAACAUUGCCACCAGCUACAAGAUCUUCAACUACGAGUGUCGCUUCAAGCAGCACGUUCAAGACUGGGCCAUCCCCAUUGAGAAGACGAAGGAAGCUCUGCUGGAGCUGAAGGCUGCCUUGGAGAACAACCCCAAGAUGGUGGCUCACUACCCCGUGGAGGUGCGCUUCACGCGGGGGGAUGAGAUCUGGCUGAGUCCCUGCUUCCAGCGAGACAGCUGCUACAUGAACAUCAUCAUGUACAGGCCCUACGGGAAGAACGUUCCCCGUCUCAACUACUGGCUGACCUACGAGGGCAUCAUGAAGAAGCAUGGUGGGAGACCACACUGGGCAAAGGCCCACAGCUGCACCCGGAAGGACUUUGAGAAGAUGUACCCAGCAUUUCCCAAAUUCUGCUCCAUCCGGGAGAAGCUGGAUCCCACGGGGAUCUUCCUGAAUGCCUACCUGGAAAAGGUGUUUUACUGA